AUGGCUCCUGGUGUCUCAACUGAGAAGAAAACUGAUGAUGAACAGUCUUCAAAAGAGAAUUUUAUCCAUCUCUGCAACCCUCACCUGGAGAAGAUGAGAGAAGAUAUCCUGUACCAUUUUGCUCUUGGGACUGGUACCCAUGAUUUUCCAGUAUUGUUUGGCGAUGUAAAGUUUGUAUGUGUUGGAGGAAGUCCUUCACGGAUGAAAGCUUUUAUCACCUACAUAGCUGAAGAACUGGGGCUUGGGAGCCCUGGUUGCGACUAUCCUAACAUCUGUGCGGGAACUGACCGUUACGCAAUGUACAAAGUGGGACCUGUUUUGUCAGUCAGUCACGGCAUGGGCAUUCCUUCUAUUUCAAUCAUGUUGCACGAGCUGAUCAAACUGUUGUAUCAUGCCAAGUGUUCCAACAUAACAAUUAUUCGCAUUGGCACCUCUGGUGGAAUAGGCCUGGAGCCAGGCUCAGUGGUUAUAACAAAGCAGUCUGUAGAUGCCACCUUCAAACCUCAGUUUGAACAGGUUAUUUUGGGAAAGACUGUACUUCGCAGUACAAACCUAGAUGAGCAGCUAGCUAAGGAACUGAUGCAGUGCAGUAAAGAAAUCGGUCAGUUCAAUACAGUCAUUGGAAACACUAUGUGCACUUUGGACUUCUAUGAAGGACAGGGCAGGUUGGAUGGUGCAAUCUGCUUAUAUAACGAAGAAGAGAAACUGCAAUAUUUGAAGGAAGCUUAUGAUUCUGGUGUCAGAAACAUAGAGAUGGAGUCUUCCGUAUUUGCUGCAAUGUGUAAUCUCAGCGGUGUCAAAGCUGCCGUAGUGUGUGUCACUCUCCUGAAUCGGCUUGAAGGGGAUCAGAUUAGUAGCUCACAUGAUGUACUUGUGGAGUAUCAGCAGAGACCACAGAAGUUAGUGGGUUAUUUCAUUAAGAAAAGUCUUGGGAAAAUAUGAAAUCCAUCUGUGUUUUAUAGAAGCAGAAGGCUUUUGCACAGCUGAAGUCAUGGUCACGACUUCUGUGCAUUAAAGUCUUUUGCCUCAGAAUAGUUUACAGCAUUUUGUAUGUCUUUGGAAGUUAAUCAUUUAUGUCACUGUGCUUUGGGAACUGAAUGUGCUGAAUGGACUUCAGUUAAGUUUUGCUUAGUUAUGCAUUGCUGGUUAUAAGACUCACUUUUCUGUGAAGUGGAAAGUGGAUCUGUUGUGAAGGACAAACCUGCUAUAGUAUGUGAAAAAGCUUUAUUUAUCCCUGCUGUAAAAGAAAAACUAGGAAGAAAAUAAAAUUUUAUUGCCGAGUAUCUGCAAACCACCAAAUUAAGAAUAACUUAAGAAUGUUAAACCCUUUCUGGUUGUUAUAAAAUUAUAUAAAUUAUA